AUGAAUCAUAGAUCUAUCAGACCCUCUAGUGCAUAACAAAAUGUUUCUCAUCUCAGUGAUAAAAAUGUAUCCUUUCAUAAGAAGUACUAUUUUUACAUUAUAUUAAGUCCUUAUAAGUAGCCCAAUCUACACAACGUUUCACAAUAUCGAGUUAAAGAAAGUGAAAAACUAUUUGAAGAGAGUCUCUAACUUAAACUACUUAUGAAUUAAUUGAAAGAUGAAAAUAUUAAACUUAGAACAAGAAACACUAAUUUAGAAGUAAUAUUCCAAUCAUCAUCUAGAAAGACUUAUAAAAAUGUUAAAAAAUUAUAGAAGAAGUAGAAACUACUGGAAAUAUGAAACGAUUUUAUGCUAAGCCAAGCACUGAUAAUCAAAUGAUUCUUAGUUUCAAAGGUUAAAUUAAAGAAUUGCGAUUAAAUCUUGAUUAAAGAGAAUAAGAAAUGAUAACUCUCAAAAAGUCUGCUAAAUACACAAAACUUACAGAAAUGGAAAUAGAACGUAAAAUGUUCCAAGAUGAAACUAUUAGAUUAAAAUAAGUUAUUGAGGAACUAGUACAAUAAAAUUUAUAUGCACAAUAAAAAGAACAUGAUUAAUAAAAAUUAUAGGAUAUGAUUUCAUAAAGAGACAAUCUAAUUAAAUAAAUGUAACAAGAUAUAGAAUCAUUUGAAACUGAUAAUAAAAAUCUUUAAGCACAAUUAUAAUAGCUAAUUUCAGCUUAUUAAGAUCUUGAUAGAGAAUUUACUAAACUUGAUUCUAAUAUGUAAACCAAAUUAAAAUAGAAAGAUAAACAAUUGAUUGAACUAAAAACAUAACUUACAAGAUUAAAAGAAUAAUAUGAAAAAGAAAAGAAAUUGCUUCAAUAACCAAAAUUUAGUCCUACUCUCAAAACACAUAAUAAAGUAGCUAAACGUGUUUAGAGUGCUAAACCAGCUGAAUAAAUCACUAAACCAAUUGAAUUAGAUGAAGUAGACCAUAUAAUAUAAGAGAUCAAAUAUAAAUUAAUAGCUUUGUCAUUGCAUUCUAAUUAAAUUGAUACUUUACUCUUCAAUUAAUCUUCUUAAUAAACUACAAUAGGAUAAUUAACAGAAAAAUUGAUAAAUGAUCCAUUUUUAUUAAAUAAAACAGAUGCUAAUAAUUUUGCAAGAUAUUUGAUAGAAUCUACUUAACAAAAGUAUCCUUAUAGUCCAAACGUUUAAAUUGCAUAAGAUAAUGGAUUAAUAAGAGGAAUGUUUUUUAAAGCAAUUGGAUUUUGGGCAUGUUAUGAUUAAGUAGAGAGACGAGUGUUAGAAUAAUGUUUAGCUAAAUUGUUUAAAGGAUCAUUAAGUUAAGUGGAAAGAGUGAUGGGAAAGAAUGUUUAUACAAGAAAGGAUUUUAUAAAUUAAAUAUAAAAGAUACUUUAAAAAAAGUAAAUAAGAGAAUUAGAGAUGAGUUAUUUAAUUUCGAAAGUAAAUAAUGAUUAUAAAAUGAUUAGAUUAUAUUAUAAUCAAAGAAUUUGAAUACAUUAAAAGGAGAAGUAUUAAUAAAAUACUUAAGAGAAUUAGAGAAAUUAGAAAAUGAAGAAGAUGUCAGAGCUGAAGAUUUAUAAUAAUAUUACGAUAAUUAAGGGUAAGAUAUUUUAAGUAUUAAAUACAAUUAGAUAAGAGAAAGGAUUCUUUUUUUAUAAAUAGUUGAGAAGUAAGUAAGAAUAGAUGAUAGCAUUAUUGGAGACAAAAGAAGAGAAGGUGGAAGAAAUUGAUAUAAAUUAAGUUAAUGAUGGAAUUCCAUAAAAAUCAGUUUAACAAUAUAUUAUAAAAGGAGGAUUAGUGAGAAGUCAUUCUGAUCCAGAUCCAUUAUAAUUAAUGAUUAUUUAAAAGAAUGAAGAAGAUGAAGAUGAGGAACAAGAACAAUAAUAGCAUAAACGAAAUGAAUAAUAUUAAUAAAAAUAAGAAUACAAUUAAUAUGCAUUUAAUUUUGAGGAAGGCGAAUAAGAAAAUAAUGAAGAAGAGAAUAAUGAUGAAUAUUAACCUGAUUUAAAUGAUGCUCAUAUUGAAGAUUAAGAUUAAUAUUAAUAUUAGGAAGAUGAUGAUGAUUAUAAUAUGAAUGUAGAUGGAGUCUUUGAAGAAGAUAAUGAUGAUGAAAAUGAUUAAUGGGAGAAAGUAGAAAAUAAAGGCAAUUUUCCAGUCAGACAAGAGUAUAAUAUAAUUAUUAAAUAUAUAAAUAGUCGAUAAAUACCAAAUAGUAGACCUACUUCAAGUUUGGUAAAUAAAGUUAAUAGAAGCAAUAGUGAUAUUAAGGCUAGUCUAGCUUCAGAAUUACAUCCAACUAAAGAAAUUAAUGAAGAAGGUAUACUAUUAUAUUUUAAUCUUAAGAAUAUUUAGAAGAGUAAUUUGAAGAAGAAAAUUGA